UCGAGUCGAGCGAAGGAGCAAAACGCGGAAGUGAGCCAGCGAGCUGCGGCCGAGCCUCGCGCGGCAGACCGCGGUGAGGAUGUGCGCGAGCACUUGAGCGACGUGACGUCCGCCCGUCGCCGCGUCGCUUCUUUGGCCGUCUGCCGGCCAAAUUUGACGCCUCACUCCUCGUCUCGGCGUACUCGGAAGCUUCUCCGGCUAGCUUAGCGCGUUAGCUCGCAAAACAAAGGCCGGCGGAGGAGGAAGUCCGCGAGGCGCUCGAGCCCGGAGCCCGGAGCCCGGUCGGCGGCCACUUCCGCGCACAACGUCCCGGCGGUGCGCGGCGGAACAUUUGGACGGAUGACGAGAGAAGCUUUAGCGGACGCCGAGGAAGAAAAACGAGACGACCGGCGACGACGUCCAACCGGACGCGGCGAUGGAUUCUCGCGCGCAAGAGGGAGGCCGGCGGCGCUUGAGCCCUCCGGCCCACGUCAAGCAAGAACAGGAGGAAGUGGACGUCAGCCGCCACGAAGACGGGGAGCAGGAGGGGGAGGAGGCGGACCUCAGCCGGUUCCCGCUGAUCCGAGUCAUCGUGAAAGGCGAAGAUGAGCAAGACGAAGGCGAGCCGCGGCAAGACCGGAGUCCCCGAGGAGACUCUGCGUGCCAGACGCCCCUCGGGUGCUCCCCGGCCGCCGAGGAGUCGCAGGCGGGGGAGCGGAUCUUCAUCUGCCCGUUUUGCGGCAAAAGCUUCAACCGGCAGGAGCACUUGGUGGGGCACGUGAUGAUCCACACCGGGGAGAAACCCUUCGUCUGCUGCGUGUGCGGCGGCGGCUUCUCGCUCAAGGGCACGCUGAUGAUCCACAUGAGGACCCACAGCGGGGAGAGACCCUUCCCUUGCUCCGUUUGCGGCGAACGCUUCUCCCAGAAGGUCAACCUGACCACGCACAUGAGGACGCACACGGGAGAGAAGCCCUUCUCCUGCUCGGUGUGCGGGGAGAACUUCUCCCAGAAGGGAAACUUGAUGAAGCACAUGCGGACGCACACCGGGGAGAAGCCCUUCCCUUGCUCGGUGUGCGGCGAGAGGUUCUCGCAGAAGGGCAACCUCGUGAUCCACAUGAGGACGCACACGGGGGAGAAACCCUUCUCCUGCUCGCUGUGUGGCAAAACGUUUGCUCUGAAAGGCAGUUUGAGGAAACACACCAGGACGCACACCGGCGAGAAACCUUUCGCCUGCUCUGUUUGCGGCGAGACGUUUGCGCAGAAAGGCAAUUUGAACAUUCAUGCCAGGAAGCACGCGGGAGAAAAGCCCUUUGGCUGCAACCUGUGUCAAGAGAAAUUUGCCACUCCGAGUCAGCUUAGCAAGCACAAAUGUGUGCGAAAUGAAGACGCGACCCUUGACGCGCCAGGAAACUCGGGCGCUGAAGACCUGACCCGCCAACAAAAGCGUUUCUAUUUGCCCGUCAAAACGAGCGACUCCGUUCCGGAGGAGCGACUGUAUCGUUGGAAAGAUCGUCCGCAAAUAACGAGGAGGAGUUUUGUCAGACGACACAGGAGGAAACCAGCGACGAAGUCGUCCGCCACUCGACCCUCCGAUGGACGCGCACCGACAGCCGUCCGUCCAGAGGCGCUUCGGGAGUGCAGCUCCGGCGUGGGGAAGCGAGAGCCCCCCUGCGUCAAAGAGGAAGAGGAAGAGGUGGACGUCAGUCAAGGGGGAGGAGGGCAUCUCGGGGGUCUCCCCGAGGACGAGGAGGAGGCCCCCGGCUGCCGGCUCCCGGUGAUUCGAGUGGUGGUGAAGGGCGAAGACGAGGACCACACAGCUCAGUCGUCUCAGCAUCGGCGCAGGCGAGGCAGGACAGAAGCCGGCGGCCUCUCGGCGCCUAUGUCGGACGGCGACAACCGGACAAACGAGGAAGACCCCAAGCGAGGUCGUCGGAGAGGUCAGAAGCACGAGCGCCGCUUCAAAUGCUCCGAGUGCGCCAAAGGUUUCGGCACCAAGCGAAAUCUAAAAACGCACAUGAUGAUUCACACGGGCGAGAAACCCUUCAUUUGCUCCAUCUGCGGCGCAAGCUUCUCGCUGAAAGGCACCCUGAUGAUCCACAUGAGGACGCACACGGGGGAGAAACCCUUUCCGUGCUCCACGUGCGGCGAGAAAUUCUCGCAGAAGGUCAACUUGACCAAGCACAUGAGGAAACACACCGGGGAGAAACCUUUCCCCUGCUCCAUCUGCAGCGAGCGGUUCUCCCAGAAGAGCAACUUGAUGAUCCACAUGAGGUGGCACACGGGGGAGAAACCCUUUCACUGCCCGGUUUGUGGCGAACGCUUCUCCCAAAAAGGCAAUCUGAUGAUCCACACCAGGACCCACACGGGAGAAAAGCCCUAUCCCUGCUCCGUGUGCGGUCAAACGUUCUCCCGCAAGGACAUUUUGUCCAAACACACCAGGACGCACACGGGUGAGAAACCUUUCGCUUGCACCGUUUGCGGCGAAAGCUUUGCGCAGAGCGGCAACUUGAGGACGCACGUGAGGACGCACACGGGAGAAAAACCUUACGGCUGUGGCCUGUGUCCCGUCAAAUUUGCAUACAAGUAUCAGCUCAACAAACACAAGUGCGCCUCGGAUGUCACUGGCACGCCGUGUUGUGAAAAAAAAAACAGCGAAAAAUCGAGGAGGACGCGAAAAGGACAAUCGGCGACGGGGACUGUGGACGCUUCCAUGGACUCGCAUGUUACAGACGUCCGGCAGCAAGAGCGGCUCUGGGGACUGAGGUGUGAGGCCCCGGAGCAGGCCCGCGUCAAAGAGGAGGCGCCGUCGCCGCCCGGCGUCAAACGGGAAGAGGAGGAGCCUGAGUCCUCCCGCGUCAAAGAGGAAGAGGAAGAACGCAGCAUCGGUCAGGAAACGGACGCCGGCAAAGCCGCCGUCGCGCCGAAGAGUGAAGACGGCGGCGGCGGCGAGGAGAAGCUCGCGGCGCCGCCCUCGGACGCGCCCCCGCCGUCUUCCCGCUCUGGAGACGAAGACGAGGACGACUCCAAAGGGGGCGCGAGGAGCGCCCGAGCCUUCAGGUGCUGCCAGUGCGCCAAAGCGUUUGGCAGCAAGAGCAACCUGAAGCGCCACGUGGGCUGCCACACCGGAGAAAAACCUUUUGGCUGCUCGGCGUGCGGCAAGCGGUUCUCUCAAAAGGGAAUCCUGAUGCGGCACGCCCGCACGCACACGGGAGAAAAACCCUUCAGCUGCCCCUUCUGCGCCAAAAGCUUCUCCGUGAAGGGAAACCUGCUGACGCACACCCGCAUCCACACCGGCGAGAAACCCUUCUCGUGCUCGGCGUGCGGCGCCCGCUUCACUGUCCGCUCGGCGCUGGUGCAGCACGUGAGGACGCACACCGGAGAGAGACCCUUUGCCUGCUCCUUUUGCGGGAAAACCUUCUCCCAGAAAGUCAGCCUGAUGACGCACUUGAGAAGACACACGGGGGAGAAGGUGUUCCGAUGCCGCGCGUGCGACCGCGCCUUCGCUCACAAGUAUCAGCUCGACAAACACCCGUGUGCCGGCGCCAACGGCGUAACGUUGUCCGACCCCUUGCCCUUCUGGGAGAAGGUGCGCCCGCAAACGGAGCAGGAGAAGGGUUUCUCCACGGCAUGCGUGCUCCUGUGCGUGGCCAAGCUGCCCUUUUGGGAGAAUCGCUUGCCGCAGAUGGAGCAGGGGAAGGGUUUCUCUCCGCUGUGCGUCCUCAUGUGUCUCAUCAGAUGUCCCUUCUGGGAGAAUUUUUGCGCGCAGACGGAGCAGGGGAAGGGCUUUUCGCCCGUGUGCGUCCGCAUGUGUCUCAAAAGCGCCGAACGCAGGCUGAAGCUGGUCUCGCAGGCGGCGCAGGAGAAGGUUUUCUCGCCGGUGUGGGUGUGCGCGUGCGUGGCCAAGUUGCCUUUGCGGGAGAAGCUUUCGCCGCAAACCGAGCACGUGAAGGGUUUCUCUCCCGUGUGCGUGCUGGCGUGUUUCAUCAGGUUGCCCUUUUCGGAGAAUCUUUUGCCGCACAGCGGGCAGGGGAACGGCUUCUCUCCCGUGUGCGUCCUCACGUGGAGCUUCAAGUUGCUCUUCCUGGGGAAGGGAACAGAGAACGGGGGGGAACUUUGCGGAACCACGGAGGAAAAGCCGACCCCCAUGGAUGCGCGCACGGCAGCAGAUUUCCGGCAGCCAGAAGGUGUCCCCCGUCAGGGAGAGGAAGAGGAGGAGCCGGCGCCCCGCCGCUUUAAAGAGGAAGAGGAAGAAGUGGACGUGAGCACGCCGAGGGCGCGGCGGCCACAAGGUGCUCACGACGAGGAGGCGGACACGUGCGACUUUCCGGUGAUCAGGGUGGUCGUGAAAAGCGACGACGAAGACGCGCCGGCGGAAAGCUCGCCGGGCGAGUCGGCGAAUGGGCAGGACGGCGUGCGGUGUUCCCAGUGCGACAAAAGGUUCGCCUACAAGUCGGAUCUGAAGACGCACGUGCGAAGUCACACGGGAGAAAAACUAUUCGGCUGCUCGCUGUGCACAAAAAGCUUCACCCAGAAGGGCACGCUGACCAUCCACAUGAGGAAACACACCGGAGAGAAGCCUUACCCGUGUCCGGCGUGCGACAUGGCUUUCCGAGAUCGCUCGACGAUGGUCAAACACACGCAAACGCACACGGGGGAGAAGUCCUUUGCUUGCGCCGUUUGCGCUCAGAGCUUCGCCAGAAAGAGUAACCUGAAGGAACACGCCAAGACGCACAGCGGCGAGAAGCCUUUCGCCUGCUCCGUCUGCGCCAAAGGCUUUGCUAAAAAUAUCAACUUGAAAGCUCACAUGCGAAUCCACACCGGAGAAAAGCCCUUCUCGUGCUCGCUGUGCGGCGUGACCUUUCGCUUCCGGUCGUCGUUGAUCCCGCACAUGAGGACGCACACGGGCGAGAACUUCACCUGUUCCUUUUGCGGUAAAAUCUUCUCCCGGAUGAUGAGCCUGCUGGAGCACACCCGCAUACACACGGGCGAGAAGCCCUUCUCGUGCUCCGUGUGCAACAUGACCUUUCGGCUGCAGUCCACCGUCGCCAACCACAUGAAAACGCACAGCGCGGAGAAACCCUUUGCUUGCUCCGUGUGCCACUCCCGUUUCACGCUCCAAGCCACCAUGUCGAGGCACAUGAGAACGCAUACGGGGGAGAAACCCUUCCGAUGUCACACCUGCGGCGACAACUUUGCUUAUAAGUAUCAGCUCAACAAGCACCGAUGCGCCGGGGAGAAGAUUUGACCCUGCGGGAAGCAGAUUCAUCUCCAACUCGCAGCGCCUCGUCGGACGUCUUGUGCGUGACGUCCAAUCCAAAGUUUCAAGUGCGACAGAACUGCUGCGCCCCCCCCUCCCCUCCCCUCCGCCCC